AAGGGGUGCCUCUCUCUCUGAGUGGAGAAGUCCCUUCAUCCCUCUCUCAAACACUCCUCCAACACAAGGACUCUCUUUCCUCAAGAUGACGGCGGGGUUGUGUGUGUGUGUUCUGUUGGUGGUCCUGUCCACUAGCUGUUUGGGACGACCCCAGUCCUCUCCCCCCCUCCAGGAGGGCGACCCUGCCAUGCCCCCUUCCUCUGAAGCACGUCUUGAAGCCUACGCCCACUUCCUCUCCAAGCCACGCCUCAGACAGACACGCUCCGCCCCUUUGGACAAUACCGUCCCAUAUACGGCAGAAGAAGACGAAGACUCCAGAGCCAACCUCAGUGAAUUGUUGGCUAGACUCAUCUCCUCACGGAAGGGUUCUCUCCGUAAGAACUCAACAGUGAACAGCAGAGCUAGUGGUCUCAGUGCUAACCACCGGAUAAAAGACCGAGACUACAAUGGGUGGAUGGACUUCGGCCGCCGCAGUGCAGAAGAGUACGAGUACUCCUUGUAAAAAAGUAGUCACUCUCUACAAGAAAACAACAAACUCAGUCAAUGUCCCGCGAUAAGAGUAUAUUUAUUCUGUAUUUGUUUGUAAACACUACAUGAUGCAAUAUAUACAUAUGCCACAUUUUUCAGGAAAUCUUUAAAGUUCUGGUUUUCUUUCCUGGUGUUCUGUCUGUUUAUGGUUUUGGAGGGAAUUGAAUGGAAUGAAUUAAGGUCAGGUGUUAAUGGAAAAUAUGUAUGAUGUCAUGAGAUUAACUUGGAUCAAUAAAAGUUAAGAAUGAACAGUAUCUCAACAAAUGAGUUCCCAGAGAUACAUGCUCACACCCACGUAAGCAUGCAUGCACAGGUAACAUAAUACCCUCAUG